AUGUCAGCCUGUUGUUUCCUUCCAUGGAUCCCCGACAUAACUAAGGAUGCUCCCAAGGAAUUAGAUUCGUAUGCUGCGGGUGAGAGCGAGGACACCGUCAACCACCAAUCGACCAUAAAACACGACGUUGAUGACUGCGCCCAGCGCAUCCCGAAAAAACUCAAAGUCCAUGCCAAGGCGCAGAAUAUUUCAUACCUCGAGGACGACUCUCUCCAAUCCCAGGAGUUCUUGGUCAGCAAGCAUCAAGUCAUGCUCACUCUAAGCGAUUCAAUUGCUGGAAAAUCAACUUUUAAUCGACACCCGCAACAUCAACUCUGGGCAGACUACAAGCAGGGUGGACUCAUCCUUCUCUGCAUCAACCUCCUUUUCAUCGAUAACCCUACACAUGAUCUGAUCGAGAUGCAACUCCAGUGUCACAACUAUUCGGGGGAUCAGAUCCAGGCAAUGAAAAGCGAGUUCUUGGGACCUGUCUAUUUGGACCGCUUUGUCCCAGAGCCUGAGGACGACUACAAGACCGCUUGGUCGGAUCUCUUUCAGGAAGCUAUCAUUGCACGUUUCUCCAAUUCGCAAGUCGAGGACUUCAUGCGGAUGCUCAGGAUCCCCAACUUCGUGGAUGUCAUGAACCCUUUCUCCUGA